ACGUAAGGGAAUUGGAGAGGUUGGUGUGCCUUGCAGGAAGAGACAGAUAACAGUGAUGAGGACCAGGCAAAGGUACCAGAUUUUUUGCCGAGAUUUUUUUUCCCCCACUUGUUGUGUUUUUUUAACCUCUACAUUUACCCAGCCAAUUACUGAACUCGUUUGAAGUCCGUGACAGUAUAACGGUGCUCAUUCCCCUCCCUUUUCUGCACAUCGAGGAUUUUUUUUUAAAAUUUAGAUUGCCUCAUUUUUUUCUUCAGCCAUAAAAAGAAUGGAUCGUGACGUGUUGUAAGUAAGUAAGAAAGUCGUCUGGAUAUAUGUGGAUGAGCUAAGAUGACACUGGGUAUUUUAUGCGGCAGAGCCUGGUGACAUUUUCUUUUCUGCGCCACCGUCGGCUUCUAGAGAAAAAAUGGAUCAUUACCAGGAGGAGCAGUCGGUAAAUCCUAUUACCGCGCAGCACGGGACAGCGACCAACAGCGACUCCAACUUGGGCAGCGGCCUGACUGACCUCCAGCCACCUGCUUAUUUCAAACUGGAGUUCAGGAGAAACGCGGUGACCGAUGACUACAAAAUAACAUCUCAGGUCCUUGGCCUGGGAAUCAAUGGCAAAGUACUGGAGUGUUACUGCAAGAAAACAGGAGAGAAAUGUGCGCUCAAGAUUCUCUACGACACUCCCAAAGCCCGACGGGAGGUCGAGCUGCACUGGCGAGCUUCCGGAGGUCCCCACAUCGUACGGAUACUCAGCCUCUAUGAGAACAUGCACCAUGGGAAGAAAUGUCUCCUCAUUGUUAUGGAAUGCAUGGAGGGAGGGGAACUGUUCAGUCGCAUUCAGGCCAGAGGGGACCAGGCUUUCACAGAGAGAGAGGUGUCGGAGAUCAUGCAUGACAUUGGCAUGGCCAUAGAAUACCUCCACCACAUGGACAUUGCUCACAGAGAUGUAAAGCCUGAAAACUUGCUCUACACAACUAAAGAGAGCAACGCUACUCUGAAGCUGACUGACUUUGGCUUUGCUAAGGAGAUGACGCUGCACAACUCCCUGCAAACUCCAUGUUACACUCCGUAUUAUGUUGCGCCAGAAGUGCUUGGGCCAGAGAAAUACGACAAAUCAUGUGACAUGUGGUCUUUGGGUGUAAUCAUGUACAUCCUACUCUGUGGGUUUCCUCCAUUCUACUCAAACACAAGCCAGGCCAUCUCUCCAGGCAUGAAACAGAGGAUCAGGUUGGGCCAAUAUGAGUUUCCGAACCCAGAGUGGGCAGACGUUUCUGAGGAAGCCAAACAGCUCAUCAUUCAGUUACUGAAGACAGACCCCAGUGAGAGGAUGACCAUUGGACAGUUCAUGAACCAUCCUUGGAUUAGUCAAUCCAUGGUGGUCCCUCAAACACCUUUGUACACCUCUCAGGUUUUGACAGAGGACAAGGAACUAUGGGAAGACGUAAAGGAGGAAAUGACCAGUGCCCUGGCCACGAUGCGCGUGGACUACGACCAGGUGAAGAUCAAAGACUUGGAUACAUCCAACAACCCUCUGCUGAAGAGACGCAAGAGGCCCGUUCCUCCGGGAGCUGAUGGCGUGGAGGAAGCUGACAGAGGGGAUGGAGAUGGAUCAGGAGUGUGUAACAGUCAGAGAGAAGUAUUGUUUUCUGAAGAACAUGGUAACAUGAUCACGGAAGAAAAGUAGCAUUAAAACCAGAGUAGCAACAUUUUCCAUCCACAUAUCAAUUGUUGUACUUUACUCGUUCUUUGUGUUCCUGCACUCACUUUAAAGAAUGCCAUUUAUUUUUAACUCUUACUACUUAAAGUGAAAUAAAAUGUUGUUUUUUAUCUUUUA